UCGGAGGCGCUUCCGCUGCAGGAGGUUGAGGUUGCGGCCUUCCUUUCUCCCGGGGAGGACCACGGACACGAUCGUGGUCUCUGCAGCCUCUUCUCCUCCCCCUGCCCUGUCUUCGGAAAGAGGGCUGCAGAGAGGAGGGGGGAGCCCCGCCGCCCAGGACUCCGCGUUCGUCUUCCGUGUCGGCUCCGAGUGGUGGAAGAAACACUAGCAAAUGUUUCUGCUACAAAGGCUUUGGGGCCCGCUGCUUCAUGGACCUUGUCGUCUUCUCCUCGGAGCGCCCAGCACGAGGUCGGCCGAGGGAAGUUACUCAGUGAAAGCAGUAGAGAGACAAGAUCUAGAAUACUGGCUCUGACUUGAGGGCUGCCUUCAGGUUCCUGCCUCUUGAGCUCACCAAGCUUCAGCUUGCUCAUCUGUUAAAUGGGAACAGCAUCGUCAUCAUCAUGAGUUAUUGAGAAGUUCCUAAAAUGCCAGCUGAGGAUAGGCACAGAGGUGUAGACCGGACCAGGGUCACACGACUGGUGCAACAGUAGCGUCUUUAAAGGCUCAGCCCUUCCCCAGAAGGAGGAGGACAAAAUGACCAAGUUCAAGGAGCCGGUGACCUUCGAGGACGUGGCUGUGGUCUUCACGGAGGAGGAGCUGGAGCUGCUGGACGCCGCCCAGAGGCAGCUGUACCGGGACGUGAUGCUGGAGAACUUCAGGAACCUGCUCUCAGUGGAUGUUGGUCCCCGGCUUUUCACAGGGCAUCAGUCCGUCACACCAGAUGGAAUACCCCGGUUAGAGAGAGAAGAAAAGCUUUGGCUGGUAAAGACAGCAGCCCAGAGCCGGAGCUCCUCAGGAGACAAGAAUCUGAAUGACAUGGAGACCCUUCAAGAAGUUGGAUCGAGGAGCCUGCCCCAUGAAGAGCUUUUCCACUCACAGAUCUGGCACCAGGUUAUGAAAGAGUUAACCAGAUGUCGAGACUCCAUAGUAAAUAUUCAAGGAACUGGGUCUCACUUGGAAAAACAACAUGGUGCACCCUCUAAAUAUGAGAAAUUUGGUAAAGGCUUCAAUCGGAGUUCACAUCUUCAAGUUCACUGCAGAGUCCAAACUGGAGAAAAACCCUACAAACAAGAGGAGUGCGAGAAAGGUUUCAUUUGGGGCUCUCCUCUUCAAAUUAACCCGACAGCCCAUGCAGGAGAAAAACCCUAUAAAUGUGACAAAUGUGAAAACGCCUUCCGUCGGUUUUCGAGUCUUCAAGCCCAUCAGAGAGUCCACAGUAGAGAGAGAUCGUCCACAUGUGAUAUGUCAUGGAAGGGUUUCAGUCAGAAGUCAUUUCUUCGUCGUCAUCAGAGAGUCCCCACUGGAGAGGAUCCACACGAAUUUGAGGAGUGUGGGAGGAAUGUCUGGAAAAACUCUCAUUGUCAGGCUCCUGUGAUAGUCCACUCAUUAGAGAAACCCUAUAAAUGUGGGGAGUGUGGGCUGGGCUUCAGUCAGCGCUCGUAUCUUCAAGUCCAUCAGAGAGUCCACACAGGAAAGAAACCUUAUCAGUGUGAAGAGUGUGGGAAGGGCUUCAGUUGGCGUUCACGACUUCAGGCUCAUCAGCGGAUCCACACCGGAGAGAAACCCUACAAGUGCGAUGCAUGCGGCAAGGGUUUCAGUUACAGCUCACAUCUUAACAUUCACUGUAGAAUCCACACAGGAGAGAAACCUUAUAAAUGUGAGGAGUGUGGGAAAGGCUUCAGUGUGGGUUCCCACCUUCAAGCCCAUCAGAUAAGCCACACUGGAGAGAAACCGUACAAAUGUGAGGAGUGUGGGAAGGGCUUCUGUCGAGCCUCAAAUCUUCUGGACCAUCAGAGAGGCCACACUGGUGAGAAACCAUAUCAGUGUGAUGCAUGUGGGAAGGGCUUCAGUCGUAGCUCAGAUUUUAACAUCCAUUUUCGAGUCCACACGGGAGAGAAACCCUAUAAAUGUGAGGAGUGUGGGAAGGGCUUCAGUCAGGCCUCCAAUCUCCUGGCCCAUCAAAGAGGUCACACUGGAGAAAAACCAUAUAAAUGCGGUACCUGUGGGAAGGGCUUCAGUCGGAGUUCAGACCUUAACGUUCAUUGUAGGAUCCACACAGGAGAGAAACCCUAUAAAUGUGAGAAGUGUGGGAAGGCCUUCAGCCAGUUCUCAAGUCUUCAGGUGCAUCAGAGAGUCCACACUGGAGAGAAACCAUAUCAGUGUGCAGAGUGUGGGAAAGGCUUCAGCGUGGGUUCACAGCUUCAGGCCCAUCAGAGGUGCCAUACUGGAGAGAAGCCGUACCAGUGUGAGGAAUGUGGGAAGGGCUUCUGUCGGGCCUCAAAUUUUCUGGCGCAUCGUGGAGUCCACACAGGAGAGAAGCCAUACCGAUGUGAUGUGUGUGGUAAGCGCUUCAGGCAGAGAUCAUACCUUCAAGCCCACCAGAGGGUCCACACUGGAGAGAAGCCAUAUAAAUGUGAAGAGUGUGGGAAGGUCUUCAGUUGGAGCUCAUACCUGCAAGCCCAUCAGAGAGUCCACACUGGAGAAAAACCCUACAAAUGUGAGGAGUGUGGGAAGGGCUUCAGUUGGAGCUCAAGUCUUAUAAUUCAUCAGAGAGUCCAUGUUGAUGAUGAGGGUGACAAGGACUUAGCCUCAUCAGAGAAUUCAUACAGGAAAGAAGUAGAAGCCAGGAAGGGCAUGGAAAUUGUGAAGGGAAAGUUAAUGAGGAAGAACCUGGUGAGGUUGAGGAAGUGCCAGGGGAAGUUAAGGAGCUGGAAGGUGACCAGAGAGGAUGGAGAGAGUAACGCUAGCCCUCCGUGUAGAUAUCCAUAUUACGGCCAUGAAGCCAACAGCGUGAACUUUGCCCCCACGGGUAUUGUGGGAACUGUGGUCCAGCAUCUCCGAGGAGUCCACCACUUCCGCCUGAGGUGGGAAGAAAAAAUGACCACAUUCAAGGAGGCGGUGACAUUCAGGGAUGUGGCUGUGACCUUCAAUGAGGAGGAGCUGGGGCUGCUGGACUCCACCCAGAGGCAGCUGUACCGGGACGUGAUGCUGGAGAACUUCAGGAACCUGCUGUCUGUGGGGCAUCAACCAUUCAAACACGAUGUGGUCCACUUAGUCAUGGAAGAAAGGCUGUGUGUGAUGAAGAUAGCAAUGCAAAGAAAAGAGACUUCAGGCUUGGAACUUAUCUCUCAGAUGUCAAGAGCAAAGGCCAAGCCAGCCCCCUUGUUUGGCAAGAUCCAACAUGAGGUGGAGACUGUUCCAGAAGCAGGACCACACGAAGAACUUUCCUGCUGGAAAAUCUGGCAACAAAUUGCAAGUGACUUAACCAGGUGUCAAGAUUCCAUGAUAAAGAGUUCUCGGUGCCCCAAAAAAGAUUCACCCGGCCAGCUUGGGGCAGGACUAUCUAUAACUCACACAGGCCAGAAAACUUACCAGGGAAAUGAGUCUAAAAAAUUCUUCAGUGAUGUCUCCAACUUUGAUUUUCAUCAACUGUUAACCUCAGGAGAGAAGUCUCAUACAUGUAGUGAGUGUGGAAAAAGCUUCUUUCAUAACUCAGCACUUCGUAUUCAUCAGAGAGUUCAUAUGGGAGAGAAACGCUAUAAGUGUGGUGAGUGUGGUAAGGAAUUCAGUCAGAGCUCACGUCUGCAAACUCAUCAGAAAGUCCACACCAUAGAGAAGCCAUUCAAAUGUGAGCAAUGUGGGAAAGGCUUCAGUCGCAGACCAACACUUACUGUUCAUUGCAAGUUACACUCAGGAGAGAAACCUUAUAAGUGUGAGGAAUGUGGGAAGGCCUUCAUUCACGCUUACCAUCUUCAGGACCAUCAGAGAGUCCACACUGGGGAGAAACCAUUCAAAUGCGAUAUAUGUGGUAAGAACUUCCGUCGUAGAUCAGCACUUAAUAGUCAUUGCGUGGUCCACACAGGCGAAAAACCAUACAAAUGUGACGAGUGUGGGAAGUGCUUCACUUGGAGCUCACGUCUUCAUAUCCAUAAGAAGGUCCACAUGGGACAGAAGCUAUACAAAUGUGAGGAGUGUGGAAAGAGCUUCUUUUCUAGGGCAAAUCUUUAUUGCCAUCAGAGGAUUCACACAGAAGAGAAACCCUAUAAUUGUAAGGAAUGUGGCAAGAGCUUCAGAUGGGUUUCACAUCUUUUGACACAUGAGCGAGUCCACAGUGGAGAAAAGCCAUUCAAAUGUGAGGAGUGUGGGAAGAAAUUUGGUCAGAAAGCACACCUGCAAGCUCAUCAAAAAGUCCAUAUUGGAGAAAAACCAUACAAAUGUGAGGAGUGUGGGAUGGGCUACAAGACGAGCUUGGAUCUUGACAUACACCAGACUGUCCACACAGGAGAGAAACCAUAUACAUGUAGGGAGUGUGGUAAGCACCUCAGUAAGGCCUCAAAUCUUAAACUGCAUCAGAGAGUCCACACCGGAGAGAAACCAUACAAAUGUGAGGUGUGUGGCAAGGUCUUCAGUCAGUGUGCACAUCUACAGUCUCAUCAGAGAGUUCACACAGGAGAGAAACCGUACAAGUGUGAGAUAUGUGGUAAGCACUUCAGUUCAAGUUCAUAUCUUAAAAUUCAUCACAGAAUCCAUGUUGGUGAUAAAUUUCAUCCAGCCUCAUAGGAGGGAAAAUGUUGGUUUCAUUAAAGUGAGUGUUUGGACUGUAGCUCAGCAUAUCCUGGUGAUCCCAAGACGACGCAAGUGGAGCAGUAAGGGUUUCAUCAGAACCUUCACAAUUAUAGUCAUCACUCAAGACGCAGGCUUUAGAAAGAAUAAUUUGUGCAGGUACUUAGAAAACUAAUGAUGGGCAUUAAAUUUGAUGUCCACUAGAAUGUAAGCUCCAUGAGGGCAAGGAAUUUGCUGCUGAAUUUACACAUUGUUACACAUUAACAUUGAUCAGCACUUUAUGUGUGUGCUUAGUACUUGUUUGUUAAGUGAACCAAAGGGAGAAAAUGUACAAUAUUUAAAAAUUGUAUCUGGAAGAGGAAACCUGCAAAAAAUAAACUUAAUUCAGAGAAAUAAACAUGAGUUGAAAUGCAAAAAGACACUGGGCACUGCAUUCUACAGCAUUAUUUUGGUAGUAUUGUACUGCCGUUGGCUCCUGGCCUACCCCAGCAUCUGUUCUGAGGUUGGGUUCUUAUUAUUUGGGUCUCUAUCAAGGUUCCAUUGAUGUAUACAGUAUAAUUUCAACUCUCUUUUGUCAUUUUUCUCACAGUACAGACCGAAACAGUUUUGACUUUGCACUAACCGGGUCUGCACAUAUCAAAAUUGGAAUUUUUCAACACUUAAGGCAAGGGUUCAGAGUAACACAUUCAAGGUGUCAGGUUUUGUUACCAGUGAUGAAAAUUUUCUUAGUUAAUCUUGAAUUCAUUAUUGAUUUUUAAGUUUCCAUGUAGGCUUUGAUAUGACUGCCUUCUAAUUGUUGUAGUGUUUCUUUUUAUCUAACGUCUCUGGUAGAGGCUAUGCCAAAUUUGAAGGGCAUUUAGUUUGUCAACUUCUAUAUUCGUCCCUUAUCCCCAUGAAAUAAAUACCAGGAAUACUUGUUGGGAUUUGAUAAUUUCAUCAAAUGUAUUCAUUAUACUGGUGUGGGAAUGACAUUUACAUGCUUUUCUUUUUUGGUAAAAACAUCUUUUGAAAAGCAAUAUAUAGCAGAAUAUGUAAGGUGCAACUCUGGUCUGGAAAUCAUGGUAUAGGAAUGUAGGAUUUUGAGAUUCAGACAAAGAAAAGGUGAAUACUACCUCAAUAACGCCACGUAACUUUUAAAAUGGAAAUAACAAGUGUUCAUCAAUAGGAAUUUGUUUAAAUUUUAUAUAUUCCCAUAGUAACGUGGGACCAUUAAAGUGAUGACAAGGAUAUGUAAUAACAGAAGAACAUAAUUUGGGGUUUGUGAAAUCAGACUGUGGCCUUCGUAGUAUAAUCAAAUUCAUACAUCUCCGUGUGUGU